AUGGCGACGGCGGCUUCGGCGCCCCUGCCGGGCCGCCUGGGGGUGGCGGAGACGCUGGGCGCCCUGAACGCGGCGCUGGGGCCCGGCGGCGGCCCCGUGUGGCUCAAGGAGACGCGCGCCCGCCACCUGCGCGCCCGGGACUUCCUGGCGCCGCGGGGCGCGCUCCGGGCCCGCUUCGGGGACGAGCAGGUGCCCGAGCCGGUGGUGCGCGCGCUGGGCGCGCUGCAGGGCCCCGGCGUGGCCCCGGUGCUGCGCUGCUCGCCGACGCCCGCGGGCCUGGAGCUGCAGCUGCGCCGAGCGCCGGUCUUCGCGCGCGUGCUGGGCGCCGUCGCCGCCUACGCCGCCCCCGACGCCUCGCACCCGGGCCCGAGCCCGCGCCCGCGCGUCGUCCUGCACUGCCCGGCGCUGCGCCCCCGCGCCCGCCCCGGAGCCCCGGAGCCCGGCCCCCGCGUCGCGCUCAGCCUCAGCCAGCUGCGGGCCGUGCUCGUGGCCGACCACCUGGCGCGGGCCCUGCGAGCUCAGGGGGUGAGCGUGCGCCUCGUGCCUGCUGCGCGGGACCCGCGCUUGCUGGCCUUCCUGCGGCAGCUCCUGGUGGACUGGCCUGCGGCGGCGGCGGCUGCUGCCCAAGCCUCCUUGCACAACCCGACCGUCGAUGCCCUGAGGAGCCGCACCCUCGCGCAGCUGAUCCCCGACGGGGACCCUCUGCCCCCCGGUGUCCUCGGGAGACUGUCCCUCAAGGGGCUGCUGGAAGGACGACGCGGACGCACGGCGGGCUAUGACCCCAACCUGAGCGACUGUCUGGUGACCGAAGAGCUGCUCUCGGUGCUGGCUGAGCUGCAGGAGGCUGUGCGCCUUGGACCUGAACACAGCUCCCCAGGCCCGACAGCACCUCCAGAUGCUGAACCAGAGAACUGCAUGGUCGUGCACGUGGUUAGCUGCGAGGACGAGUUCCAGCAGCAAAAGGUGGACCUGCUUUGGUGGAAGUUGGAUGACCGGGCUCCUCUCAGACAGAAGCACCUGGUCUGUGGUCCAGUGAAAGGAGCAGGUGCCCAUGGCUCCCUGACUGCCCACGAGUACUAUGAGCUCCGGCACACCCAGGUUUGUAAGGCGUCGGCUCUCAAGCACAGCGUGGACCUGGUACAAGACCCUUCCUGGACAGAGAUCUUCAGAGUUCUCUCGGUGGCAGCUAUCAAAUUUGAGAUGCUCAGCACGGCGCCGCAGAGUCAGCUCAUCCUAGCCAAUGAUAGCAUUUCCACAAAGAGCACCAAGAGUGGCACCUUUGUGAUGUAUAAUUGUGCCCGCCUUGCUACACUCUUUGAGAGCUACAAGAGCAAAGUGGAACAAGGUCUGUACCCCGCUUUUCCACCUGUAAGCAGUCUGGAUUUCUCACUGCUACAUGAUGAGGGUGAGUGGCUGCUGCUUUUCAACAGUGUCCUCCCCUUCCCAGACCUGCUGCGCCAGACAGCGGCCCUGGUCAGCACAGCCUCAGACCUCCCCAUCACGGUGCGCACGGAGACGGUGUGCAAAUUCCUGGUGCAACUCAGCAUGGAUUUCAGCUCCUACUACAAUCGUGUACACAUCCUAGGGGAGCCACGACCACACCUGUUUGGUCAAAUGUUUGCUCGUCUACAACUCUUGCAGGCUGUGCGUGAAGUGCUCCACACUGGCCUGGCCAUGCUGGGCCUCCCUCCACUAAGCCAUAUUUAAGGCCACAGAGGAUCCUGUAACUGGGAAUGUUCACAAAGUCACCC